GGCUUUGGACGUUCAGGCGGUGUUAGUUGCUGCAAUAUUCCUCGGAACCUUGCAGAUAUUGAAAUCACUAUUUGGUCCCUGAGUGUGUCUCUGUUUUUAAAGUAAUCACACAUGAAAAUGUUUUCAGUUGUCAGCAAAACAGCUAAGGACAGCUAGUUUCCCCAUUGCCUGACAAUCUUUCAAAAUCAACUUCUCAUCUGAAAAUCAUGUAUAACAACAGGAUAGAGAGGGUCUGGUGUGUGCAUGUGUUUGUGUGUGUGUGCAUGCCUUCUCUAUACUUAGGGCAGUUUCUGAAAUUUACAUAAUUCUGACAAAACUACAAGUGUGUAGUUCAUGUAAAAAAUGUCCACCUGAAUGAAACUUGGCCUCUGAGAAAUUAUUUUGAAAUGAGCUUGUGCUUAGACACUGAAGAUUUUCAUUGUGAUAUGAAACAUGACCAAAAUAAGCUAGUUUUUAAAAAAAAGGCAUCUUCUUUCUCAUCCCCAGUGUUGCUCGUGAAUUUUAGAGUACACUGUUUCUUUUUUGCUUUUUGUUUGUGUAUGGUUCUUUCCUCUUCCAAUCAUCCCUUUUAUGUCUGCUAGCUUGCUUUUUUUUUUAUCUGCUCAGGUUUUUGUCUCUUUUGUUUCCUUCUGUCUCUGUUCUCUUCUGCUUUCCUCUACAGGGGUAGCUUUUGGCUCACAGAUCAAGAGUGUGAACUGACCAGGGCACAGUUCAACUUUCAGGUCGUGUGAAGAAUAUGGCCAGGGCAGUGGGCCAGCACUGGAUAGUGAGGUGAUCAGUAUGACACCACAAAAUUUUAAGUCAGGAGAAGUCACAGAAGAGGAGCUUAUCAGGCGUUUACAACAGGUGAAGGAGGGUGUCAUUCAGAACAACCCUGAUACUCGGAGAAGUGAAGGCUCCAGUGACAACAGAGGUGCUGAGGGUUCAGAAGAAGGAUCAAGUGGAGAUUCUCUUCUAGAGUGGUUAAAUGCUUUUAGACAGACUGGGAACACAACAAGAAGUGGACAGAGUGGGAAUCGUUCCUGGAGAGCAGUUAGUCGUACAAACCCAACAAGUGGUGAUUUUAGAUUCAGCUUGGAAAUUAAUGUCAGUCGGAGUAGAAUUGACCAAAGUGCUGAAAUGGAAAGUGAGCAACCUAUGGACACUUCAAAUAUGGUAGCAACAGUGCCUACAGCAGAAGAAGCAGUGAUACCACUACCAUCAGAAAAUAUAAGUGCACCCCCAUCAACAGCAAUGCACCCACCACCAGAUGUAACAGAUCUACCAAUGGCUACGACGGAAGAAGGUAUUCAGAGUCAGUCUGAAAGGUCAGUUUCCACUGGAACACGACGAAGUCGAGGACCAAGUGGAGAGUUAUCUUCUGAAAACAGAUAUGAACUUGUGAGACAUGAGCUUGAAACCCAAGCUCAACAUCAAGGUCGCCCAAGAGGUGGUAGAAGUAGAAGCCCAGAACGCCGAAGGUCUUCUAGAACCAGGAACAAUCGAAGUCGGUCACCCUUGCAUCCAGUCAGUGAGGGGGCGAGUAGAUCACGACGUCAAGGACUUCCUCAGAGGCCUGAUAGAUCCAUUUCAGAAAGUGGAACAGAAGGAAUUUCCAGAACUAGACAGCGUGUCAUGUCCAGACAGAGUCGGGUUGGAGAUGGAGUCCAGUCUGAAACAAUUAAUCAUGUUCCUGUUCUUGAGCCAAAUGAACAUAGAGAGCCUUCCCAAGAAGCUGCUGAUUCUUCAGAAGCUGUGGUCAGUGAUCCCUCUGUGGCUGGGCGCCGACCACCAACCAUUAUGUUAGAUCUUCAAGUGAGAAGGGUGAGACCUGGUGAAAAUGCAGAUAGAGAUAGUAUAGCCAACAGGACCCGGUCACGAUCCCAAACAUCCGACAACACGGUUGUAUAUGAAAGUGAGCGGGGUGGCCUCAGGCGCACAUUCUCCCGCUCUGAACGAGCAGGGGUGCGAACUUAUGUCAGCACCAUUCGUAUUCCUUUUCGCAGGAUAUCUGAUUCGGGUCUUGGAGAGGCUGCCUCAGUUGCCCUCCAAACAAUACUACGCCGGAUAAUGAUGGGUGGUGAACUGAGUUCAUUUGUGGACAGUGACAGCGAUUCUGAAUCUAGCAACAGGGGCCAAAGUCAAGUGCAUGAUAUUUCUGAAUCACAGAACAGUACAAGUGAAUCCCCAGGCAUAGCUUCUGAAGGCAGAACAGGCGAGCAACAGGCAGGAGAACAGCGGAAUGGCAGUGAAACAGAUAGCAUAACUGGAGCUCGCAGAAGAGAAGGUCAACAAACCCGAGGCUUAUUUGGCCUUGAAGAAAGUGGCACUUUGCCCAUACUUAGGCUUGCUCAUUUCUUCCUCCUCAAUGAUGAAGAUGAGGACGAUCAGCCCAGGGGACUGACUAAAGAGCAGAUUGACAACUUGUCCACGAGGAAUUUUGGUGAAAGUGAUGCUAUUAAAACUUGCAGUGUGUGUAUUAGUGAAUACACAGCAGGAAACAAGCUGCGCAAGCUACCCUGUUCUCACGAGUAUCAUGUUCACUGUAUUGAUCGCUGGCUGUCUGAAAACUCCACAUGUCCCAUAUGUCGUCAGGCUGUUUUAGUUCGCACCACUGGUGAAAGUGUUGGCUAGUGUACAAUCUCCAUCAGUUUGUGCUCCAGUAUUGAUGUAAUGUAGAACUAGCUAGCUGUACCAAACAGUGAACCAUAUAAAAUUGUACAUCAGAAUGUAGUGGGGAAAUUCAAAAUAGCCAUACCUAAUACAUUUACCUGGUCUACCCUUUGCCAGGAAAGACUUCUCUCUUUUUGCUAGUCUUUAAUCAGGAUUUGGGCACUUCUUAAAUUCCUUCAUUUGUGAGUGUGCAACAUUGCACUGUGUUUAAAGACAGAAAAUUUAACCAUGCUUCGAAACAAACUAUCCGUACAGCUUUUAGGACACAGCUUCUGACAUUUGUGUCCGUUGGUGUAACCUGUUUUAAGGAUGUGUUAUUAGCAUGGUAAAUAAGUAACUUAAACUUUACUGUUUGCUGCAUCCUCCACUCAUUUUCUAAAAGUUGAAUUCUUGCCCUGAUCUCUCUCUUGUUUGCGCUUCAUUUGGGUUAGCUGUAUUGAAUUUCAAGGUUUUCAUUUUUUUAUUGUUUUGAUCAAAGGCAUUUCCUUUACUGAUGUGAUUUGUGUGUGCACUUAGUGCAUUUUAACAAUUCAGGAUAUUUGUUCACAAUUUUAUGGCAGGGGCUGUGUACUUGCGAAGAAGAAAUUGGUCACUUUAAAAAAAAAUGCAAAUUGUCACUACUUAUUGAAAAAUGUCUAAUUUACUGAACAUCUUUAAUGGACAGAUUGCCUUAUUCUACAACAUAUCAAGUCUAUGGGACAAAUUUGAGACAUAGUUAAGUCUUCUGUGCAGUGGAGUUAACUAUUACCCUUGUUUUAAAAAAAACUCCAAUUUAUAUCCACCUUUUUGUAGAAUUACUCUGGGCCUCCCUUUUAUUGACUUUUGACUUCUGCCUUUCCACCUUUCAUCUCCAGGCUUUUAAGAAUAUUUUAAAGUGUGGAAUGACCCACUGGUCCAAUGAAACAGGCUUGCACUUUUGCCUUUGGGAAACUGGCUGUUUUUGAUUUCUCUACAGUCAACUGGAACAGCAGCAGACCUGUGUGGGGUGCGCUUGCCGCUGGCCACAUUUCUGCCACUAUCCGACACUGCGCUAAUCUGUGCCUAAUAAAAGACCUGUGACUUCACAGCUUGCGCUUAAUUGACAUUUUGGUUUUCGUUGCAACCCAACAGCAGAACGUCUGUGGGCAGGCUGUGUGGCACUGCUUUGAAAUCCUGAUGGAAUGUUGGUGACUUCUGUACUUGCAGAUCUGGUCGGCAUGCAAUAUAAGCUCCAGUGUUCUGUCAGAUGAAAAUGUUGCAUUUAUAGGAUGUAUGGGGAAGGAUGCUGCAAGCGUGUUAAGACACACUGGAAAUUGCAGUUUUGUAACCAUGAAAUUAAAAUGCUACAGUUGUAAUAUAACUGAUAUAACUGAAUUGAAGAAUCGUAGGGCUUUUUUUUUGGGAGGAUGGCUGUUUUUCUUGGAGAUAUAUAUAUAUAUAUAUAUAUACACAGGAUAAUGGAAAGUAAUGUCCUUACUUCUUGAUUUGCCUAUCCUGAUGUGUGUGGAAAACCCGUUUUUGUACAAAAAUGACCAGAUAUUAAUGGCGUCCUGUAUAAAUUUUAAAUGCCACUAUUGUAACAUGUGCUUUGCAUUACCAAAAUAGUUUAGUUCAACAGAACAAAUGUUAUUAGAAAAGAAUGAUGCUAUGACACAAAAUAGGAAUCCCACAGACUGUGAUCAACCCUGCCUAAGGUGAACUGUAUAAUAAAGAUUUCAAAGCAAAUUAGGAGACAUGUGCUUUAAAAAGUCCAGGGAGAGUUCUUCCUUCAGCUGCAGGAGUGCUACCAAAGUGCAUAUACUUUGGUUUACUGUACAGGGCUUGUUUAAAGUGAUUUAGUUUAUUUAUGUAACCUGUUGUACCAAUUUUUGUAAAUUAGUAACUGAGUUUUCAUGCAGAUUUACAGAUUUGAUUACCCAGUUAUCAUUUAACUUUUCUGGGAGAAGAAACUUCAAAUGCAAAUAGACAUUAUCUUUUGACAUUGACCAUUUUGAAGAGUUGGGUUAUCCAUAAAUGUUAAUAAAAUAUUGCACGAGAAAACAA